AUGUUAUUUUAUGCGAUUGAAGCGCCCACCCCUUCGAGCGAGCCUUUAAUACCGACAAACAUCAUCGAUGCGCCUACACAGAGAUUAUAUGCCACUGCAUUCUGGGUGGCGCUAUGGACUUGGCGAAUAUAUGAUUAUUUGGGCUUGCAGGAGUCGGAGGAGCAGAGCUUAUGGCUGUUUAUGAAAUGGGUUGCCGUGGAUGGCAUUUUCCUCUUUGGACUCCCAGGCCUGAGAAUACCGUGGCUAGAGUGGAGCUCGGCAACCAUGACAUUGAUAUUCCUUGCUCACGCCAUCGCAGAUGCCAUGCUCAUGUUUCGCAUACCCAUACCAAUCAUGGCUGGCUUUGCCGUCAUUUGGCGAGGAGUUUGGGGAGCAUAUGAGACGGCAGUCAACGAACACAACGUCAACCCAGAGUCCGUGCUGUUUAAUGACAGCUUGAUCUUGGGUCGGCAAGUCAUCCACAUCUUGCCAGAGGGCACCGCAAUCAUGAACCCCGAAAGAGAGGCAUUUUGCAUCGAUCACACCACGACCGAAGUGAAGCUGCCAAUAACGAUCAACGCCACGGAGCCGAUCGGCAUGGAGAUCGUGCACGUCGAUUUGGAGACCCAAGCUAAUAGUACAUUGCAUAUCAGCAAGAGCCAGCUCAAGCACAUGCACAAGGAGGCCUCGAGAUUGUUGACUUACAGCGACGAUCCUGAUAAGCCGAAGACGCUUUACUAUACCGUAAAGAAGCCCGGCCUCUACGUCCUCUCCAAGGUCAUUGAUGCAUCAAAUCUGGAGGUGGCUCGUAAGAAUCUGGCCCACACAGUCGUGGUACCCUGCCCGCGAGUCGACUUCCCACCCACACAGCAGGAUACAUGCAGAGGCGAUCUUUCGAAAGUCCACUUUGAAGUGACUGGUACUCCGCCGAUGAAAGUGAAGUACCGAAAGAGGAUCAACAAGGACACUCAGCAGACUACUUUCGAAAAUAUCCAGCCCGAAGAUUUCGUCUCCCCACUUCUCAAAGCCGACCAUAACUCGCUGGUGGUGCCCAAGCGCAUGGACACGGAAUGGGCGAGAGCCCGGAAGGUCACUGUGCCGCUCAGCGAAGGCCUCACUACUGCCGGAGAGUGGAUGUACGCAAUUGACGAGAUCGUCGAUGGCUUUGGCAACAAGGUCAGAUACUCGAAUCGCGACCAAGCAGAGCAGGAAAAGAAAAAUGCCAAGUACACUGGUCACAAUCUCCACCAGGUACUCCAUGUACACGAACGGCCGAGCGUAGAGCUAGCUGGCUGCACUCCGCAACGGCCGAUGAAGGUGGCCAAAGGCAGGUCCGCAAGUCUCCCUGUCAAGUACGGCUCAACUGGACGGGGCCCACUAAAGGACACAUCGUACCACCUAGAGUACAUUUUCAGUCCACAACGUGACAUGACAACUUCCGAAGGUCACAGCGCCUCGCCGCAAACCAAAACGGUCAGCCUGGAAAGUUUCAAUGAACAGCCACAGAUCUCUGAGCCAGGACUUUAUACGUUGACCAGAGUGUCAAGCGAUUUCUGUUCUGGUGACGUGCUUGAGCCUGCAUCAUGCUUGUUGCAGAAUCCGCCCGAACCAGAGCUCAAGAUCAGCCAUCAAAAUAUCACGGACCAGUGCGCUGGAAGAGCGAUCGGCUUAGUGGUGGACCUCGAUUUGACAGGAACGCCUCCAUUUGAGGUCUCCUACAAAAUGGUCCGAGCAGGGGACCGACAUCAUAAGAUGGAGAUUGAAACUAUCAAUGGUCUUCGAGGCCAGCUUCAACUCACGCCACGCGAGGCCGGUAAGUACACCUACGAGUUUGACGCUAUCAGCGACGCAGUGUACCAUGACCAGAAGCUACCGAAGUCCUUGAAGAUCGAGCAGACUGUCAAUCCUUCAGCAUCGGCAAUGUUCGCGUCAAACCGCAAGCAGACUGUCUGCAUCGAUCAAGCAGCUUCUUUCCAGAUUCAGCUUUCUGGUGAGGGACCAUUCAAGGUUGACUAUGAGAUCGUGCACAACGGCAAACGCAAAGCACAGCCGCCGCUCGAGAACAUUGCAGGAAAUGUGGUCGAGCUACCAACGCCUGUAUUGAGAGAUGGUGGCGAGUACACUGUGUCACUCGUCAGCAUUACGGACGGCCUUGGAUGCAAAGAGUUUCUCAAAGACGAGGCUAGGAUCUCAGUUCGCCACCAGAAGCCCAAGGUCGGCUUCGGGCUCAUCGAAGGACGAAGGACUAUCAACGUGCGCGACGAUACUCAGGUGUCAUUGCCCAUGCGUUUGACUGGUGAAGGUCCUUGGACUGUCAGCUACAUCGAUGCGGACGGCCAACAAUACACUGCGCACCCGCGACUACCGAACGAUCAUGUUCAAGUGGCAAAAAGCGGCAUGUACGAGCUCACCGAAGUUUCCGAUAGCCUUUGUCCGGGUAUCGUAGACGACGCGGCGAAGGGUUUUCAGGUCAUCCAUAUCCCGCGACCAGAGCUUCGUAUUGCACAAAAGAAAGAAUACAAAGUCAAAGGGAAUGACCUCUACAGGACCGAAGUAUGCGAGGGUGAUGAAGAUGCUGCUGAUGUCCUGUUCCAAGGCACACCACCAUGGACAGUCUCAUACGUUGAGACAGUCAAGCCACUACACGGUACAGUCGCUCCCAAGAAUAAAGACAUUCGCGCGGCUGUUCAAAGGGCCCCUCUCCGCAUGGACACAUCCAUAGCAGGUCAGCACGAGUACAAAUUUGUGAAGCUGAGGGACAACAACUACGACCACUCGCCGAGGCACUUUACUCCGAUGACCAUUCACCAGACAGUCCACUCUAGACCCAGUGCCGCCUUCACGAGCCCUGGUAAGACAUACAGCUUCUGCUCCGUUGAGAACGAGGGCGAAGAAGUUAUCCCAGUCACCCUCCAUGGCCAGCCGCCCUUUGCUCUCGAAGUUGAGAUUAAGCAUCAGGGAACCGUCAAGCCUGAGCUGAUCAGCUGGAACGAUAUCGGAUCACACAGCUAUAACAUCCGCAUCCCUCACUCUCGCCUGCAUCUCGGAAAGUCCUCCAUCUCGCUCCGCCGAGUCAGCGAUGCUCGUGGCUGCAGUCGAAGCCUGGACAGCACAACCCCACGCGUACAGAUCUCCGUCCACGAUGCACCCACUGUCACCUCCCUUGAAGAGCGCAGCGACUACUGUGUCGGCGAUCGUCUUAACUUCGCUUUGUCUGGUGUCGCGCCAUUCACCGUCUUCUACAACUGGAAUGGUCAAGCCCGCAAGGCAGCAGUGGCGAGCGGCAAUACCUUCCGGCGUCUCGCAGAAAAGCCUGGCGAAUUCGUCAUCACUGGUCUGCAAGAUUCUGCUUCCACAUGCAAGUCAUCAACGAACAUCACGAAACACAUCCACGGCAUGCCAUCCGUCCGCGUCAGCAAAGGCAAAGACUCCUACAUCGAUAUCCACGAAGGUGGACAAGCCGAGAUUCUGUUCGAGUUCGGUGGCACCCCACCUUUUGAGUUCACAUAUACACGCUCUGCAAACACGGAGAAGCAUGGCAAGAAAGCCGGCCAGCUUCUCGAUAUGCGAUCUGAAGUCAGCGACGAAUAUGCUAUGAGGAUAUGGGCGAGCGAAGAGGGAACGUACGAGGUCGUGUCCAUUAAAGAUGCACACUGCUCGUAUGCGAAGCCUGGAGUUCCAGAUGUGAAGGGAAGUAAGCAGAAGAAGCUCGGAUACUAUUGA